AUGCCGGCCGGCUUCGAGCUCCCCGUGCUGCUGCUCUCACGCGCCGACACGAACAUUACUCGCGGCAACUCUACCUAUCAAGAAUGGAAAGACUACCGUGACCACUGUACUCUGGACACUUGCCCGCUGAGUCUAUCCUACUGGGCAUAUCGGCCCUCCUUGGUUGCGAAUGGCAUUUUCCUCGGCAUCUUCGCUCUCUCCUUGCUACUAUUUUUGUGUCAAGGUAUUCUGAGCAAACGUUUCCUGGGCUUCACGAUCGCCAUGGUCUCAGGGAACAUUCUUGAAGUUUUGGGGUAUGUCGGAAGGGUCAUGAGCUACUAUAACCCAUUUAAAGAGGACGGCUUCUUAAUGCAGAUCGUCUGCCUGACCAUCGCACCCGCCUUCCUGGCCGCAGGCAUCUACUUCUGCCUGUCGCGCAUCGUAAUGACCUUCGGAGCGGAGAACUCACGCAUCAAGCCGCUCUCGUACCCGCGCAUCUUCAUCCCGUGCGACGUUAUCUCCCUGCUCUUGCAGGCGGCAGGCGGCGGGCUGGCGUCGGCGCAGUCUCAUGCCAACAAAGACCCCACGACCGGUAACAACAUCAUGAUUGCCGGCCUGGCCUUCCAGGUGGCCACACUCUUCGUCUUCAUCGUCCUCGCGACGGACUUCAGCAUCAGGACAUUCACACGCGUGCGCAGGCUGGGAAAGGAGGCACUAGACCAGAGGCAUGAGCAGCUGCGGAACAGCUGGGCAUUCAAGGGAUUCCUGGUGGCGUUGGCAUUCGCAACGUUAUGCAUCUUCACCAGAAGCGUGUACCGCGUGGCUGAGUUGAGCGAGGGUUGGACGGGUCACUUGAUCGAGACGCAGAAGUACUUCAUUGGGCUGGAGGGCGCGGUCGUAGGCGCGGCGGUGUUGAGCUUGAACGCGUUUCAUCCGGGGCUCUGCUUUAGGGAGGGCUACCAGGAACGGAAGGGGCUUGGGUUCGGAAGAAAUACCUCCUCCUUCCACCAAUAUCCUCCUCAAACCAACAAUAUCUCCACCAUGUCUUCUCUUCCGCCGCUCCCGUCCACCCUCAGCGUCAACAUGGCGACCAACAAGCAAACGGCCUUGAACUACGCCAGGGCCGAGUAUUCGAGGUCGGGCCGCCUCGUGAUCUGGGUUGACGGCUCCGUCCGCAAUGUCGACGGCCGCCGGGGCCGGGGCUCGCCCUCGGUGACGUCCUUUGCCUGGAAGGUGGUCCAUGACGACGGCGAGACAGACUGGGCGGACGAAGUCAUGUACCACGACGACGACCGCCAGACCGAGCCGCGGGAGGUAGAAAUCUGGGGAGUGAUGUGGUGCCUCCACAGGAUGGUCGACCAGAUCUUCGAGGACCACCCGCACAUGCGCGCGGCCGUCAACACUAUCGUCAUCUACACGGACUGCAUGGACGCGACGGAGAAGAUCGCCCAGCAGCCGGGCGGAUACCGCGUUCGGAACUGGGACUGGGCGAACGCCGUGGUGGUGGACAUCUACAAGAUGGUGGAGAGGCUGGAGGGCCUCGAGGUCGAGAUCAACUGGGUCCCUGCCCACGAAGGGGUCGAGGGCAACGAGUGGGCCAACUUCGUCGCCCAGAAGGCCAAUGGCGUCCCGUCGAGCAGCGGCGGCAGGGGCGACCAGUUGCGCCGCGCGGCGAUGGCGAAGAAGUGGCGGGAGCGCAACGAGCGCGACGAGCGUCGUGGCGGGAUGGAUUAG